AUGCGGCAGAGGGAACACCCCAGAUUGAAAAUGCUAGACUACCGCAGCCUGCUGGCCGAGGACGUCAUCAUCAGAGACGAUCUGAGCUCCUCGAGACAGAUCCUCAGCUCCAUCGAGGCCGAGCUCAAACUGAGCUAUAACACCUCGUCGAACGAGGUCAAGGUGCAGAAGAACGAGGUUAAGAGACGAACCUUCAACUUUGUGAGGAGGAACAAUAAGUAUUCGAUUGAAGAGGCAUUUAAAGACUUCAAUAAACUGUUACACCAUAAGAACUUCUUCACCGACAUCCAAAAGGAAGUAGACAAAAUGGCGGACACCACAGACAAUAAAUGCUCUACGCUUCUGAAAAAGGCUGCGAUCAAACCAAACAUGCUGAAGCGGAUAUUGGGCAAAUGUACGCGGAAGUCAAACGUAGAGAUGGACUUUUUAAAUGGACUGACGAACGUUCUGAAUAAAUACACGACGAAGAUCAAGUUUGACAAUGACAUGACUAGGAUACUCCUCCAAAAGAUCCUGGGCUCGAACAUGGAUCUCCGAAACGGGAUCUUCGACAUAAAAAAGAUCCUGAACUACUUGAAGAUAGCCAUAGAGAACAGAGAGCAGGGACACGACGAGGGCCUGCCUACUGUCAAGCUGGCAAACUCGCACUGUCUGAGCGCACAUUUGGCUGGCUGCUUUUGUAAGAGAGGGUUCGUGGAACACUCUGGGCGAUGCGUGGAGCCUUCCAAUUGCACAGAAGAGAAGUCGCUCGCCAAGUAUAUGGCUAGGAUUAUUGUCUACUAG